AUGGCUCGCUGUCCCCGUACCUACGCUGGCCGUAGCAGUGACGACGAAGAAACGGCUAGCAGUACGUCUUUUCGUCUAGACUCGGACGACGCGGCCGGUGUGGACUUGAAAACGGAUGUUACAGAUGUCACAGAUGUCACAGACUCUGAUGUGCCUCCUUCAACUCGCCGUAGAGACAAAGGUCGACCCCGUCAGAACCGCUCUAAACAGAGACCUUCGUGGGGAAAGUCUCACAAGAGUGAGAAAGGGUCUUCUUCUCUAAGCCGCCUAGCGACAGAUUCAGACUGCAGCUCUAGUGGCGAUGAUGUGAAUGUCGACGCCCACCAUUCUUGA